UCGUUAAGAUUUGCUAGUCGUCGUAAUUAUUAUGAAAAAUUUGCUGUCAUAUAAUGGAGAAGGUUAGUUUAUGCCUCGUCAGAUCUUAGGUGGAUUGUAAUUUACACAUGGUUAGUCCAGCUAAUUUCAGAAUAAGCCAAAAAACUUAUAUUCUACGAUGACGAUGAUGAUGCUUAAGUACUUUGUUUUAUUAUGUAACAACACAUCAUCGGUUGAACGAAUCUUUGCUUUUUAUGAAUAAAUCUACUAAUUUCUCAGCUACCUUUUUGUGACUUAACAAUGGCUGCUAAUAUAUAUACACGUAUAUAUAAUGUAUUUACGGCUCUUUUAAGGUAAAUUGAGUUACGGCUUAAUGUUUCGAGUCGAACUUUAACUGCAGGCUGCCAUAGUUAAAACCUGAAGCCCCGGAAGAAGCUCAAUGGGAAGGGUCAAAUCUGUCUUUUGUCCUCCUCGAGUUCUAACCUCAACCAGAGAUCUUGGUAUAAUGAAGGGCCCAAAACCAAGCCCACUAGCCCAAAACACAGUUCAAGCCCAGCCCGAUGGGCCCACUCGUGGGACUUGCCGCGGCCCGUUCAUGAAAAUUAGAAUAUAGGCGGGAAAGAGAGCCGUUGUUCUAAAAACACCCUAAAAAAUGGCGCCAAAAUCUCAAUUCCCAAACUUUUGGCUGCCCGAUAUUAUUCCCGGGCAGCCUCCCAUCAAAUUCCCAUCCUCAAAAUACACAUAAACACCAAUUCCCAUACUUAGCUCUCUUUAAACAUCUCUUAUUCCCUCUCUCUCUCUAUACAUAUUUUCUCUCUCUAGAAAGCACACAAACUCUCUCUUCUCCAUUUUUUGCCGCCAUUGCUCCUCUGCUCUCUCGUUCAAAGUUUCUACACUCCUACCAAAAGACCCUUUUCUCUUUUGAUUUAUUCUUCUAAUUUUCUACCCCUUUAACACACACACACACACACACACACACAGAGAAAGAAAAAGGGAGCCUUUUUCUUCUUAAUUUUUGCUGCGAAGGAAUUUAAUUUGUUGGGUGGUAGAUGGGUUUCUCGAAGAAGCAUCAAGCUGAAAUGAACAAAGAAUCAGAAGCCAAAAAAUGGCUUAUAGCCGGAAUCCCAAUUAGGGCUCCUUUAAAACCCAUUUCUACAAAACCUUGCACCGACGAAGACGAAGACUCUCGCUCCACAACCCCGACGGCGCGUGAAUCACAGAUACCCGCAAAAUUUUCCUGCCCACCAGCUCCGAGGAAGCGCCGCCCCACUUUGACUUGCCAUUUUAAUGGCGUGAGAGAGUUCUUCAAUCCCCCAGAUUUGGAGUCGGUGUUUAUAUGCCAUGCUGCAGCAGGAAGAGCAAAUUGAUGGAGAUUUAAUCUUUCUACUGUGGUAAUUUGGUUUUAAGGUUAAUUAAAAGUUAAUUAAGCUUAAGCGCGCCUCUUGUUUUAUUUUCUCCUAUUAUUUUUUUCCUUUUUAUUUAAUUCCGUCUUAGUUAGUAGUUUGCUGUUAGAGGUUGAUGAAAUUUUUAGUUAGGCUUUUUAAUAAUAAAAGUGUAAUGUAUAAAUACAGUAGUUUAUUUCUAUGAAUUUUGUUCU